AAAACGUCAAGCGUGUCUUUUCAUUAUUAUCUCAUUUUCUACACAACAUACUGGUAUAUACGUGCUUCAUAUACUAGCCUUGAAGGAAUCCAUCCAAGAAAACUAAUCUUGCUCCGAGGAUGCCAAAGCACAAGUCAUUCCUCAAGGAGACAAAGUCGAAGAAGAAGGCGGUGCAGCAGCAGGCACCGAGAACCGCAGAUGAAUUCCUAGCUGGUAAGCACCUAAGUUUCCCCGCGACGACUGUGUGCUGAUCGGACCAGUCGGUGUCGAACAGGAAGAAGCCGGAGAGAAAUGGCGCGCCGGUGAUGCAGCCAAGUCACUACGAUUCUUUAUGCGCGCCAUUACUACCUACGAUGAGGGACUCCAGAGACAUCCAAAUGCAUUCGACUUGGCAUAUAAUAAAGCAAGAGUCCAAUAUGAGAUUACGCAGCAUCCGAGGUUAGCUGCCCAGCUAUCGGCCCCGCUGGGGGAGAUGCUGCGGGUAGCACUGCAAUCACAUCGGGAGGCGCUGCAGCUCGAGCAAGAUAACGCAGAUGCUAUUUUCAAUACAGCGCAGGUCCUCACAAGUCUCGCGGAGCUGGUCACCGAUACGAAGCGUCCAGUGGAGGAGCAACUCAACCAAGCAGUCGGAUUCCUGCAAGAGGCAAUCGAGCUCUUUCAACGGUGUCUGGUCCUCCAGGAGUUGCAAUAUACCGAGAUGCAGGAGGAGAUUCGGCAGAUGCAGUCCGUUGCGCAAAAGCAAAAGCAGGAUGUGCAGGAGCCCCAGGAAGCUGGUGAGAGCAAGGAGUCAGCGGAGCAGGAGCAAUGGGCCGCUGUUGUCGAACCUGUAACAAAGGAUACGCUCGUGGACACUGCUGUCGCGCAGCUGGAUGCACUCUCCACACUUUGCAAUCUCCUCACGUAUGACCCAGGCGUAGGAUUGAACUGGGUAGAGGAGUAUUCGACCGAGUUGCUUCAGGAAAAGAUCACCGCCUAUGUCCAGGGCUCGAACCGACUCUAUGAGGCGGCUCUGGCCCGAGCAAAGUUCAAUUCCGCUCUCAACGAGGUUCUUUAUCGAAGCGGUCGAACGGACGUUGAAACAUAUUAUGGUGCCGUGCUGAGUUCAUUCGGACCGGACUUGGAUAUUUCCUCAGAUCCAGAAGGCCUGUGCAGCAAAGCUGAUGCACUCGUAUCAUUCAACACAGCCACGACAGAGCAACCGGGAGAUCCUUUGAGGGCAGACCUCAAGUGGCAGGCGCUUUCCACCGCUGUGGAUGCUCUGAAUAAGGCAUCCAAACUUCCCGAUGCUGAAAACCUGCCCAAGAUUCACCUGGCAAGAGGCGACGUCGAGAUGAGCAGAUGGAGGCUUGGUUUUACGCCGUGGGAGUAUACCAUGGCGCAGCAAAAUGGCGCGAUCCUGCUGCGAAAUGCUCAGACGUAUUAUCGUGGUGCGGCAGCUUUGGCUCGGAGAGACGGAGGUGCCGACGAAGAGCGAGACGGAACAUGCAAGGAGGCAAUCGCAGCCGCCAUUGAAGGCCAAAAGGAAAAGCUUUCUCAGCUCAAGAGCGCAGCACCAAAGGAACUGAUGGUUGUCGCCGAGGAUGUGGUGGAGGACGGAUGGGUCAGCGGGCCUGACAUGGAGACCUUGUUGCUUUGAUAUCAAAGCGAUCCACUCUCGUAGUAUCAAAUAUCCUCCCUCGCCUUGACCUCCUCGUCCAUCUGCAAAGCCUCCUUGCGGAGGUUAUUUUCGCACCCGUAUUGCGUGGCUGCCGCAGCGGCGCCCUCGACAUCUCUCACAACUGCUUCUAAACCAGCCAACAACCGCUCAAUCUCAGCCCUCUGAGCCUGGACCUUUUGCGCCAAUUCCACAUUCUGCGUCUCUGUAGCCUCUAUCUUCCCAUCUAAAACCGCCUUUGUCUUUUCGAGCUGCGGCGUCAAAUGUGCCCUGAACAGCUCGCCUGGGGGCAAUGUAUGCGGCCUGCUGACGGUUAAUUCUGACAAAUUGGAAAGCCAGUCGCACAUGGAUAAAAGGUAGGAUCAACAUACGGAACACGCUCCUCCCCCUCGGCUUCUACCCCCUCCAUCGCAUCCCUCUCCGUGCCAUUUCUCGCCUGUUCCCUCCUCGCCCUAGCCUCCCCAACCAACCGAUCCAACUCAUUCAGCUGCCUCACCGCAUCCCUCUCGUUCAAAAUAUCUUCAAACUCUGCCUUGGCGCUCUCCUCUAGCUUCGCAUUCAACUGGCGCCAUACGCUUUCUAGACUGGCAGGGACAUGUUUCGCAGGCGUCGGGAAGCACGCCGCAAAGUUCGCGUACGAGUUUGCGCGCAGUGUGCGGGCGAGUGCCUGGGCGUAGAUGUCUUGUAGUCGCGUAACUCGGGGACCAGGGGUCUGGGCGAUGGGUGGUUGGGGCGGUGGGGAGGGGGAUGCCGCGUCGUGCGGUGGUUCGGCAGACAUUGCUGGGACUGGCGACUGUGUUGGUGGUGGUAUUUAUUGAGUUGCACGUCGUGAGAGUUUCGUAUAGGUUUGUGGUGAUGAGUUAUGAAUUGUAUCAAGAUCGAGAAGAGGAAUGGAUCGCGGCGCGCGCUGCUCAGUUUAGGAUAUGCGUUGGUCACGUGAUUCCAUAUUGAGAGAAGUAUGCAGCAAAAUGAGCGUUAUAGGAGGUG